AUGUGUACAUUCGCAGAGGAAACUAAUUGGUCCUACAUUUGGGAUGCGAUGGGAGACCUAAGCGCUGUGCCGCAGAAGAAGAUCGUAGAUUAUCUCCUGGAGCGUUUGGAACACGGUCAUAUUUACACGUGGGUCGGCACUCUCCUUUUAGCAAUCAAUCCCAGCGGCGAGAUCAUCACCAAGGACAUUUACGAUCUCUCGCAAACUCACGAGUAUGAUAAUAUAUGCGAUGUGAGCUGUAAGGAAGUGUCGCCUCACAUAUUCGCCGUGGCUGCCCGGGCGCACUACAGGAUAGUUCAGAGUCUCGGAAAACCCAGCCAGGUGAUAGUCUUAAAUGGAGAAACCGGAACAGGAAAGACCUUCAAUGCAUGGAAGGCGCUGGAAUUCUUGACCAGAAACGCAUCCCCUGAGGUUCUCGAGACACGAGAUGUAGUUUGUGGUAUCGUACGGAAGAUUUCGGUCGCCUGCCGUUUGAUAUCGGCCUUCACAACCGCGCCCACUGAAAUAAACAAAGUCAGCUCGAGGCAUGUGCAACUCGUAUGGCUCGAAUACAAAAUGGGUAGCAUAUGCGGAGCAACGAUAUCCUCCUAUCUCCUAGAAAGGGACAGAGUCACGAAGGGUUGCUGCAAUUUUCAGAUUUUUAGUCAGAUGAUGAGUGCGGUAGGAAAUGUAACAUUCGCAGACUUCAAAUUGUCGAUGGAUAUGCGAUACUUCAUGAUGAGCGACUGGGAUUCUCUAAAAGUGCGAGAGUUCUGCGACGAUUUCCGUGAGACUACAAGAGCAAUGGAUAUGUUAGGGUUUACAGUGAGUCAGAAGAAGGACAUUUUCUUCAUUCUCUCUCUGCUCAUUCACAUGGGUAACAUACAGUUUAUGGAGGAAGACGAUCGUUGCAAGAUCGAUACCAAUGAUCAUCAAUCUAGAGAAGCCUUGAAUAACACAUGCAAGUUGGCCUGCAUCAAAGAAGAAGACAUCGCUGAAUUGCUCACAUCUACUUUAAUAAACCCUCAAAACACCCGGCGUCGACACACCAUUUGCCGACGUAAUCUCAACACGACAAAUGCCUGUCGCUACCGAUUGUACAGCAUCAUCCGCCACUUGUACGAUCUUCUUUUUAGCUGGCUGAUCAACUUCGUAAACAAAAUCUUGUCCGCCCGUUUGUACAGCGAGCGAUUGGGAAUAUUGGACAUCUUCGGAUUCGAAUGUUUUGAUUCAAACGGCAUCGAGCAACUUUGCAUUAAUUUUGUCAACGAGAGAUUGCAGCAAUAUUUCAUGGAAAACUAUCUGGUGUCCUGCCGGAACGAUCUACAAAAAGAAGGUCUCAUCGACGAUGAGGAAUCGUUCACAAUUGUGCAAUUGUACGAAGAUCGCAUAAGCACGAUCGAAAAAUAUUUAUUUACUGCCUUAAACGAUAUAUGUCUAUCGAUUGUUCCGAAUAGCUCGUCUACAUUAAUACGCCAAGUGAACGCUAAGAACUGUUCUGCAACAAGACGAUUUUUGAACGUAAGGAAAGAAAAUUUUGUUAUACAGCAUUAUUGUGGUACCGUACAAUAUUCCGCUUACGAUCUGCUUUCCAAGAAUACUGAUAAGAUUCCGGACGAGAUAACGAUAACAUUCAGCAUGAGUACGAACAAAUUUCUACACUCAUUAAUUACCAAAAAUAAUCUACAUCAAGUUAAUGGAAAAGUAAAGAAGCCUACGAUGCUUUCCAAGCUCCGAUGUAAUGUGGACUUGUUGAUACAAGAAUUAAACAAAUGUGACACGCAUUACGUUCGCUGCAUUAAGCCACAGCGACUCAACAAUCACGAGUGGGAUCGAGACAAUCUUCGCAAGCAAUUGGCUAAUACGGGUGUUCUUGACGCGUUACCACUGGCCAGAUGUAAAUAUCCGAUUCAUUUCAUCUACUGGGAUUUCUUCAAACGCUACAGUAGAAAACGCAUAGAAACCUGCAGUAAUUUACGUAUAGCUUGCAAAAACAUACUGGAGUCAUUCUUCCUGAACGACGACAAUUCAUCGGUGCAUUACGGGAAACGUUUAAUUUUUUUAAAAGAAUCUAUAUUUCUGCGAUUAGAGGCGGCUAGAAAGCGAUACCGUGCCGAAUGUGUCUGGAAGAUCGAAUCUUUUUGGUUGAAAUAUAGCAAGUAUCUCUUUGCAUGUAUAAACAUUCACAUCUUCGUAUCAAUCAUAAAGGCGCAAUGA